GGCGUGCGUCAUUGCGCAGCGGCGAGUCCAGCGCAUAGUGGUUAGUGGGAAUCCGCUGACAGAGCACAACCGGUUGUUUCUGCAAGCAUAUGCAUGCGCGGAUCAGCAGGUGCUUCUCUUCACCCAAACUGGAUGGAAGUCACGGUAGAAACCGCACCGAUCUGAGAGAUCAAUCAUUACGGCACGGACUCCGUUUUUCCAGGAUGCACUGACAUGUGUGACAUGUUCACGGCGAACGGCACAUACAGAUAAACUCCACCUGGCGUCUCUACUCCUUUGGCAGCCAUGUCUUUCUCAGUAUCUGGAAGGACCGUGUUCACUAUCCUCCUCAUCAGCAGGUUGUUAGAGAGCUCGAUGCUCAACGCAGAAGUGAAGGAAGGAGAGAUUCUACCUCCUACCAUUCAGAGGCUGAUGAAAGGAUACAACAAGUACCUCAGGCCUUUCUUUGACAAUGGUCCUGUAACAGUGGGUAUGAGCCUGGACAUCGCCAGCAUUGACACCAUAUCAGAGAUCAACAUGGACUACACCGCCACCAUUUUCCUCCGCCAGCGCUGGACGGACGAGCGCUUGGUGUUUGAGGGCAACAAGAGCCUGAGCCUCGACGGGCGGCUGGUGGAGCUGCUCUGGGUCCCUGACACCUUUAUCGUUGACUCCAAGAAGUCCUUCCUCCACGACAUCACCGUGGAGAACCGGCUGAUUCGCAUCUUCCCCAACGGGACCGUCCUUUACGCGCUGAGGAUUACCACCACCGUGGCUUGCAACAUGGAUCUGACCAAGUAUCCCAUGGACAAGCAGACCUGCACGCUCCAACUGGAGAGCUGGGGUUACAACGUCAAUGAUGUCAUGUUCUACUGGACCAGAGGAAAUGAGUCCGUCAGUGGUUUGGACACCCUACAGCUGGCUCAGUACACAGUAGAGGACCACUACACAUCUGUCUCAGAGGCCGUUUAUGAAACUGGCAAUUACCCAAAGCUGGUCUUCCACUUUGAGCUGAAGCGGAGCAUUCUGUACUUCAUCCUCGAGACUUACGUCCCCUCCAGCUUGCUCGUUGUCCUCUCAUGGGUUUCCUUCUGGAUUUCGCUGUCCUCUGUUCCAGCACGUAUUUGUAUAGGAGUGACCACCGUGCUGACCAUGACCACUCUGAUGAUGGGAGCCCGGACGUCACUGCCCAACGCCAACUGCUUCAUCAAGGCCAUUGAUGUGUACUUGGGAAUCUGCUUCAGCUUCAUCUUUGGAGCGCUCAUUGAGUACGCCGUGGCCCACUUCUGUACCCUCACUCACAUGGACUCCCACAUGGUCAUGUACUCCCACCACAUGCACGACUUUGACGACGAAAUGAACGGCAUCAUCACCACCAUCUCCAAUCACAACAGGGCCAAGAGACGCAAGGAGGCCGCUGCCACCCCUACCCCGACUCCCGCCUCCCUAGAACUCACUGUCAGCCCGUCCAGCCCCUCGGGCAGCGAGCCUAAGCCCGAGGCGUCGCCCCCGAAGCACACACACUGGUGCCUCACCGCUCUGGCCACCGUCCGCAAAGUGCUCCGCUCCCUAAAUUGCUGUCACAUAGAGAAUCCCCACCACAUAGACAACUACUCCAGAGUCACCUUCCCCCUCUCUUUUGUCAUGGUUAACCUGCUCUACUGGAUAUAUUAUCUGUACUUUUAGCAUUCGCUCGAGUACAACAUGGGUCCCAGAGAGUGUGAGACGGAGAGUGUAUGUAGACAAGUGUAUUUUACUGUAUGUAUGUACAGUAAGUGUUAUUUAGGUGUGUUUUGAGAUGAGUGUGUAAAAUGUCUGCAUUUGGAUUCAAGAGCGAAGUAGCAUACUCGCACAGGGUUGUUUUUGGGGAAAAGUAAGGCUUAUGAUUACAGCUUCAUUUAUCACUACUUUAAAUUCAAUGUAGGCUGGUCUUCUGCCCAUCUGACACUGACUGGGUGAGAUUUGGUCAAUGCUGAUACACGGUAAAGAUAAUAGGAACUUUGCUUAUAAAAGGAAAAAAUGGCCAGCCUCUUCUUUUUGGCUAUGGUAUAUUCAUACUAUAACCAAAAAAGUAGAUUAGUAUAUCCAAGUGUAUCACCGUGAAGGGUGAAAACGCCGAAGAUGGAGCUGUAAUUUGAGGCUUUUUGACAGAAUAUGCUAGCAGUGCUAUGGGAGAGCAAAUGCCUGUUCCACUUUGAUUCUCUGUUGGGAAGGAAUGAUUAUCGAUACAACUUCAUCUUCUAUUUCUGCCUGCAGGUCCCUACCACAUUUAUAGAGAAAAAGAACAAAAUAUUUGAUGGGAGAAGAGUGAUAAAAAGAGACGUGAGCGAGCUGGAAAAAUAACUCAACAAGGAGAGUGUGGUACACAUUUUAAGCCAGUCUCCGUUUCUGCUCGUUGUUGAAAUCUCUCUUUUUUCUGUGUCCUUCUAUGACUUAUUUUUAAUUCACUGAGCAGUGCCGUCUCUCUUUGCCUGCAUUUCUUUUUUUUCGCUGACACUAUAAAUGUAAAGGUCUUUGAUCACUUCAGCUGUAUACUGAAAAUCUGGCCCGCAGUAUGACGACACUUGUCAUCUCACAUUGUACAGAAAUUUCACAAUAAGAGAAAAACUGUUCUUCAGUUUCACAAGGGAGGGAAUGAAACCAAAAUAUGUUAAAUAAUAAACUUCAUAGCAUAAUUAUGAUGUUAUGAAAUUAAUAUGCAUAUGCAUACAUAGAGUGCAAUAUAUAAAUAUGUUCCUGAAAUACUUCAUCAAAGUAAUACAAUUGAACUAGUUACUUAUUUCCAUUCAUUUCAUUAUUAUUAUUUUAUUUUAUUUUAGAAAUUUUUUAUCCUCUGUUUUUAGGGCAUUUUUCCAAAUUACACUUUUUAUUUCAUAAUUUCAUAAUGCAAAGUCUACAUAGCAGGACUCAGCUAAGGCUAACAUUACUAAAAUUUGACCAGCUAGCUCCUGCUAGCUUGAGCAACAACCAUGCUAAAGUAGUUCUAAAUCAACCUCCAUUGCAAAGAUACAGAAGGUAACCUCUCUUAUUUUGCUUAACAGGCUAUAUUAUGCUUCCUACAUAGCCAUCCAGCUAGCUAGCUAGCUAGCACAGGUUGUAAGCUUGGAUUAUUUACACGGCAUCACGCUAUAGUGCUAGCGUUAGCUACUAGCAGAUUUACCUUGGCAGUGUUAUGCUUCUUCUUGUUGGUUCCUCUAGCUAAGAGAAGCUAUAGCUAGCAAGCUCGCUGGCAGCAGAGCUCUGGUUGGCGGUUGGUUGUAAAUGCUAGCUCGUACCCAGCUAACAACACACGGACUGUUAUUUGAAGCCUGAACGUUGUAGUAAAUAAAUGUCAGGCCAAACGCAGCAUCUACCAAAUAAUUCAUUACAGGCCUACAAGAAAACGGGACUCACCUCAUAAGUAAUGAGAUGUAACCCUAACUCAAACUCUGUCAAACCCAACCCUUCAUAGCUAGCUAGCGGCUAACUUAACCCUUGUGUCGUCUUCCCGUUAACCAUGAACUUGUCCUUCCAGGUUAAAAUUGAAUAGGAUUUUUUUUGUGCUUUUCCAAUGUUUUCUUUUUCCUUUUUCUGAUUUACUUGUCACUUUUUACAUACUUUUGGCGCCUUAAAAAAAAAACCUGAGCUGGUUUCAUAAUAGGUUUUCUUAUUUUAUAUCAAAUUAAGGUUUUUAGUUAAAAAGGCAGAAAUUAGGAAUUAUUUUGACUAAUAGUUAAGAUCAGAGGAUGUUGAGUGGAUCACAGAUGGGUAGAUGUCAAAGUUUAAUGUUGUAUGGAAUCAUCCAUGUUAUUUUUGGGCAAUUUUGUUGAAAGAAAUCGACAUUUCUGAUAUAAAACACUUUGAAACGGGGACAACACAAGGGUUAAGUGUUGCCACCAGUGCAGUACGCCGGUUUCCUUCGAUAACUCGUCCGCUGGGUUCGGUCUACUGCCGUGGGUCAGGAUGGGGGCAAGGUAAAUGUAAUCAAAAAGUGGCAUUUUGGAAUAAAAUGCUCUAUAAUGACAACAGAAAUCCUAAAAAACAAUUUUACAACAAAAAAGCAUUUCAUACUAAUGGGAUAAGUUAAUAAAUUAUUUCACAAUUAAUGAAUUUAUUUAUAAAUGUGACGUUAUUGCAUGUAUUUAUUCACAUGAUUGUGAAGUUCAUUAUGUUUUUAUAUAUUCAGUUAAUAUUGAACAUUUGUAUCUUCAUGCUAACUGGGCAGGUGUAACACAACAUUCUAGAUACACAGAGCAGCAACACCUAGGCAUAAAGGUACUACAUGCAGUAAUAGUAAUAUUUGCAGUACUCUUUAUGGGCCGCUGGUAGUGUUUCUUACUGUGCUUUUGUAACACAUACUGUACGUAGGCCAAAAGCUGUAGUCAGACCUAAAUGUGCUAGACAUUGUAAAGUGAUUUGAAUAUGAAUGAAAUGGUCAAAAUAUUUCAACAGGAUGUCAUCACCUGUGCAUUAUCCAAAUGGAAAACGGCCUGGAUUUGCUACACUUGAGGUUUCCCUUCUCUCCUCAGUUUUUUAGGCUGUUGUCAUUUUUUUUGCCGUGUGAGUGUUGAGUAUUUCAGUUCAGGUGAUGCAGUGUGUACGCUACCAGUGAUGUGAACCAAAGAGCCAAAGAUCCAAUUUGAUUUCCUCUUUGUUUCCCUUUAGUUCCUCAACAAGGAGACUUCUGCAUUUCCAAAUGUUAAUAUCAUGUUUGUUCUUGAUAAAAAUUCUGAAAUAGCAUGCAGUCAAUAACCAGGUGAACAUGGCACUUUACAUUUCAGAUAAAAAACAGGAUUCAGUUUAAAAACAGAUAUGCAUGUUUAUUUAUUGCUGUAUUCAAAAUAACUGACUGUGACAUACACUCACUCAUGCAUUCCAAUUUUAGGAACGACCAUGCGACGAGUAUGAUCAGGAGCUGAAUUGGUAAUAUUUAUUUAUAAUUCAUUGUCUUUAAAACUGUUUAUGUUCAUAUUUGAUCUGUUAUUUCUCUUUUGUUUGAAUUUUCUUACCAACAUUUUUAAUUUCUCUUCUUGCCUGAUGAUAAUAGAAAAUGGACUUCUGUUUCUCGUCUUCCUGCAUGGUUAUCAAGUGCAACUUUUCUUUUUUCUGCUUUGCUUGGUUUGGUUUUUAGUUUAUUAUGAUGGAGAAUAAUCACCAUACAAUGCUCAGGUGAGGCUAUUGGAAGGAUUUGUUCUGUGACGGCCAAUGAUGCGACUUGGAUUUGGGGUCUCAUCUGGGUCCAAAUGUGAAACUCCUGUUCUACUUUUCAGUCAUUUUAAUCUUAUUGAAAAGGAAAAGUGAUCAGCGACAGUGUUCAUUUGCCUUUGAGCUGCGUCUGCUCAGUGGAAGUCGGUUGACCGAUUGAAAAGGUUAAUAUGAUAAAACACAGACUUUCAGUUAUUGUUCAAUAUACAGUAGCACCACAGUUGUAGCUUCUCAGUGAACACUACAAGAUAGGAAUGCCAUUAUGGAGCCAAAGAACCACAAAUGCAACCACAUAGGACUUUUUCUCACUCGGUGAUGAAGUUCAUUCAUACACAAAGCUCAAGAGUACCCAUUAUCCUAUGGCUCCACGGUUGCAACUUCAUUAUGGUGAGAAUAUAUUGCAUAAACAAAAAGGUAUGAAACUGAAUAUUAUGGAUAAUAUUGCCAGCACAUUAUGUGGAGCAACUUUUCAGCAACUUUGAAAUGGAAAAUGGCUACCGUUGGACUGCCCUUUCUUUUUCUGUUGUGGUAACCAACAACACAGUUCCUGGGAAAUUUUAAUGUGAAAUGUAUUUAUAUAUUGUACCAUGCUAACAUAGGGAUCGGUUUGCUUAACCUGUUGUAAAUAAAUGGUAACACUGUGCAUGUUUA